GAAUAGAGAAGAGAUGGGAGGGUGGGAACGGAGCGUGCUAGUUGCCUGCCCGCGCCACUUUCGUUCUCCUUCUCGCUCUCUCCAGGGGGCUUAAUGCGUACGCCGAGGAGUGAGCUGAACCCCCCCCGCCCGCGCUCCUUUGCAGCUGGAAGUCUGCGGCUGCUUUCUAACCAACGCAGCCUUGUUCUUCUGACCCAGCAACGUUACCCUCGCUGCCUGGCGGAAGAGUGACAUCACCCUUGUCCAAUCAGUGCUUGCGCUCUUCACCCCCUCCCCUCUUGCUGGGUUCGCCCGGAGCCCCUUAGGAAAGGGCGGGUAACUGUCAAGGCGCCUGGGUGGACUGCCUGAGGAGAGAGGUGGGCGGGCUGGUGGGCAAGCAAGGAAGGAGCUUCCAGGUGCCUGCGGCUGACGCAGAAGCCUUUCUCUGACAGCCCAGCUGUGCAGCAGCCCAAGAGCACCACUGUCCAGCUACUUUCCAUUAUUUGAAGUGCAGUGUGGCAAGACAGAAAUCCUUGUGAAAUAAAUACAUCUGAAGAUGAAGCCGCAGCCCAUAAUCAGUCAUUUGGUUGCAGUCUAUUCCAUCUUCUGCCUGGCAGGUCUGGGGUGCUGCAGUGCUACUAGACUUACUGUUCUUGAUGUGCUCCAAGGAAUCCAAAGAGAGGAACAACAAGGAUAUGGCCCAAUUUUUGAAGAGCAGCCUAUUGAUACAGUUUAUCCAGAAGAGUCCCCAGAUGGAAGAGUUUCAAUGAACUGCAGGGCCAGAGGGAUUCCCACACCCACUUACAAGUGGCAACGUAACAACUGGGAAAUGGAUAUUACACUUACGAAGGGGCAUCACAAUAUGGUUGGAGGUAAUCUGGAAAUCAACAACCCUGAGAAAUCAGUUGAUGAAGGAACAUAUAUUUGCUUAGCAACCAAUAUUCAUGGAACUAUAAGAAGCCGAGAAGCAACUCUAAACUUCGGAUAUUUGUAUCCAUUUACACCUGAAAAACGAUAUGAGGUUAAAGUACCAGAAGGCGUAGGAGCUGUCAUUCUCUGUGACCCUCCACCUCAUUAUCCAGAUGAUCUGAGUUACCGCUGGGUUCUGAAUGAUUUUCCAGAAUUUAUUACUUUGGAUAAACGACGGUUUGUGUCACAAGCAAAUGGAAAUCUCUAUAUUGCAAAGGUAGAAGCAUCUGAUAAAGGCAACUAUUCUUGCUUUGUGACCAGCAACUCAAUCACCAAAAGUGUAUUCAGUAGUUUCAUUCCACUUAUUCCUCAACCUGAUCGUACUACUACAAAAGGUUAUCUGCCAGAUAUCAGGGUGAAGUUCAAAGAUACGUAUGCACUUCAAGGGCAAAAUGUGACACUGGAGUGCUUUGCACUUGGAAACCCCGUUCCAGAGAUUAGAUGGACUAAGUAUCUUGAUCCUAUGGUUGCGACUGCAGAUGUAAGCCUGUCUGGUGCAGUCCUCAGGAUCUUCAAUAUCCAGUUUGAAGAUGAAGGAAUAUAUGAAUGUGAAGCUGAAAAUCACAGAGGAAAAGAUAAGCAUUCGGCAAAAGUUUAUGUUCAAGCAUAUCCAGAGUGGGUGGAGCAUAUCAAUGAUACAGAGAGAGAUAUAGGCAGCGAAUUUCAUUGGCAUUGUGUAGCUGCAGGGAAGCCUCUUCCAACAAUCCGCUGGCUGAAAAAUGGAUUACCGUAUUGGAAAGGAGAAUUGAGAUUUGCUAGCCUGAAGUUUGAUGAUUCUGGCAUGUAUCAAUGCAUAGCAGAAAACACACAUGGAAUAAUUUACUCUAAUGCUGAACUGAAGGUUAUAGUUUUAGCUCCUACCUUUGAACUCAACCCUAUGAAGAAGGAAGUCUUGGCUGCUAGAGGAGGACAGGCUAUUAUUGAAUGUAAGCCUAGAGCUGCUCCUAGGCCAAAACUCACAUGGAGCAGAGGGACAGAACUUCUUAGGAACUCCACAAGGAUACGUAUUUGGUAUGAUGGAAGCCUGGAAAUUAUUAAUGUUACAGUGGCUGAUGGAGGCAACUAUACCUGUUUUGUAGAAAAUAACAAAGGAAAAGCUAAUAGUUCUUCUACUCUUAUAAUCACAGCUGCUACAAGAAUUGUUUUAGCUCCAACUAAUGUUGAUGUCAUUGUUGGACAGAAUGCUACCAUGCAGUGUCUUGCAUCCCAUGAUCCCUCUUUAGACCUGACCUUUAUUUGGACUCUCAAUGGAUAUCCAAUAGAUGUUGAUAAGGAGAACGAUCAUUAUGAAAGGACCAUCAUGAUAAAGGACAAUGGUGAGCUUAUUGUCAAAGAUGCACAACUGCGGCAUGCUGGAAGAUAUACAUGUGUUGCUCAGACAAUUGUUGAUAAUGCCACAGCUUCUGCUGAUCUUGUUGUGAGAGGUCCUCCAGGUCCCCCAGGAGGUAUCAAAAUAGGAGACAUCAGAAACACAUCUGUAGUUCUUACUUGGAGCCGUGGGACAGAGAAUCAUAGUCCUAUUUCAAAUUACACUAUCCAGUCAAGGACUUUUCUUUCUGAAUACUGGAAGAAUGCCAAAACAGUUCCUCCAGUUGUUGAAGGAAAUGCGGAAUCAGCUAGGGUAAUUGAUUUAACCCCGUGGAUGGAAUAUGAAUUUCGGAUAAUGGCCACUAAUAUUUUAGGGACCGGAGAACCUAGUAUUCCAUCACAGAAAAUUCGAACCGAUGAAUCUCCUCCUAUUGUGAUUCCUUCUGAAGUUGGAGGAGGCGGUGGCAGCAAUCGAGAACUGACAAUAACAUGGGUGCCUUUGCCAAGAGAGUACCAUUUUGGUAAUGAUUUUGGAUAUGUGAUAGCCUUCAAGUCCUUUGAUCAAAAUGACUGGAAAAAAGUUACAGUUACUCAAUCUGAUGUUGGUCGGUAUAUUCAUAAGGAUGAAUCAAUGCCCCCUUCAUCGAAAUAUCAAGUAAAAGUGAGAGCAUUUAAUAACAGAGGGAAUGGACCCUUUAGUCUUCCUGUUAUCAUCUAUUCAGCAGAAGAUGCUCCUACUGAAAGACCUAGACAUGUGAAUAUAAAAGUACGAUCAUCCACCGAAGCUACUGUUUCUUGGCAGCAUAUUUCCAAUCCCUCUCUUACUGGCUAUCAGAUCCGUUAUUGGUCUGUUCAUGAAAAAGAAAUAGCUGCAAAUAAAGUUCAAGUGAGCAAUAAGAAUGUUUCGGUGAGGUUGGAAAACUUGAAGCCUGAUACACAAUAUCAUGUAGAUGUGGCAGCCUUCAAUAGUGCAGGCAUUGGACCUACUAGUUCCACUUUGGUUUUCACUACUGAAAAAGCACCUCCCAGGCAGAAGCCCAAUAUUACCGGUGCUGUAAGGUAUGGUUCAAAGUUCCUCAUCACAUGGGAUCACGUCAGGUCACAGUCCAAUGAAUCCAGUGUGAAAGGAUAUAAAGUGCUCUAUAGACCACAGGGCCAAUAUAAUGGCACACUGUAUGUGACUGGUAAACAUUAUAUAGAAGUUCCUGCCCCUGUUAAGAAUCAAUAUGUUGUUGAAGUUCGAGCACACAGUGAAGGGGGAGAUGGAGAAGUAGCUCAAGUACUAAUUCCAGGCACAAUCUAUUUAAUUUCCAGGAGCCGCGACUGGAGUAUCACCUAGUUGUCUUGGUUUAUUGCUGCCUGCCAUUGGUAUCCUUGCCUACUUGGAAUUCUGAAUGUAGCUGGAUUUAUCAUGUCCUCAACUUAGAGCAAAGGACCUUCCAACCCGAAAGGAUUUCAAUUCUUUUUUGAUUCCUGUGGCACUGUUCUACGCCAAAUAAAUUACACUUCUGAGCAAAUUACCCUCUUGACUCCGGACUUCAAAAAAAGACUGAGGCAUCCAGGAACUCCUUCAUCAAGCAACUCAACUUUUGAAAGUUUGAGGAAUAAUUUUUAACUUGUUCCAACUAUGCCUUAUAAAACAUUUCUGCUGAUCUGCGACAGUUGCAUGAUUCGGUCCAAUGGGGCAAGUUACAGUGUUAAAUCCAAUAACAUAGGCUGUACAGUGAAAGUAAAAUCACCACACAUAGGUGCUUUAACUUUAAUAACAAGUCGUGAAAACAUAAUAGAAAUUGAAAUGUUGAUUGUAUGUGGUAUAUGUAGGAGUAACUACGUCUGUCCGUACUAUCCUAUCUGUUUUGUGUACUGCAUAGUUUUGAAUGGCCCCUGUCACUUAUGACAUUUUCAGGUUUUUAGAGAUACAGUCAAAGCAAAAACAUUGCACUUAUUUUUAACAGCUUUCCUUCUUGAAGUGACUAAAUGUGGGUUGAGAACAUCGGAGUUCAAGGUCAGUAGCAAUUGAUCUUAUUUUAGAUGAAUUUGGAGUUGCUAAUGAGGAGUAUUCACAGUAUAGGGUUUUCCAGCACCUUUGUUUUAAUAUACUUCAUUUAACUUAACAUAUAGUUUUAGAAAUGAUUCUAGUCAAGCCAAGUGUGAUUUUUUUCUCAGCCACAGAGAAGUUUAUUUUGAUGGGCAAUUGAUAUUAAUAGCUAUAUAAAUACAAAUUUACUUUGCAAAUUUAAUCUAUCAUUGUAUCCAGAUAUUAUUGUCACAACUUUAUCAUUAAUUAACAGGACUUACAUUCCAACAUAUAAGCAGCCUAAUUGGUUUUAUUUGCCAAAAUGGCACAAUGGAAAUUAGAAAAAGAUACCAUUGUACAAUCAAUGUUAAAGUGACUAGUUUAAGUGUUUUUAAUGCUUGAAUCAGUUACAAGUAUAACAAAUGGGUUAUGCAUUUAAAAAAACCCUAAGUAACACAUUUAUCCUGAGAUUUAUUUUUUUGUGACAUACAUAUUGCCUUACUUUAGUGAAGGCCAACCAUUAGGAGAAUGAUUUGCAUUUUCCAAUAAAUUAAUAUUGUUCUAUUUCCUAGAGCUGUAAAUAAGAGUUUUAAAGUUCUAAAAUGAUUUUCCCUAUUUAAUGUUCCUAACAGAUGGAAAGAUGUUAUAAAAAUGCAGGCAGAUCAUGAUUGUUCUGCCUAUUUUAAGUAUUAGUUAUGUUUUCAAAACUGGAAUUCCCAUAGGAAAUACAGAAUGUCUUUGUUCUGACUGUGUCUGUUUUAUUUAAAGUUGUUAAAAAGAAAUAAAUUUUUCUUCUAUAAUCCAUAGCGUGCUGGGAGUUUGGUGUGAAUGUUGAAAAAACAAACACCCAGUGCUGUUGAAUCAACUGGUUCAAGUAAUAGUGCAAUGUCAAAUGCUUCAAGAAUUAUAAGCUUGGAAUCAUAUUUUAUUAGCACAACCUUGUUAGCUGCUUAGAGAUAGACUUUAACUUUUUAGGACUGAUACUAUAUGUCCAUAAUAAAUCUAACUACAUGAAGUGAGAAUAGAACUGUCAAUCCUUUGCACCCCUUCUUUAAUUUGUAUAAUUUUUGUACAAUAUAUUUACAUUUUAAAAGUCUAAAACUCUUCAUUGAAAAAUAAUUGAACAAAGAAUACUGUUUUCAUUUAAUUUUGACUCUUUGUUACAAGUCAAUUUUUUUAAAUAAAUAGGUAAAAAAUAAUUUCCCUAUAGAGAACAGUCAAAACUACACAAGAACUGAAUUUCAUAAUUUAUGUAAUUAUUUGAAAUAAACUAAGAUGCAUUUGUGUAUAAGAGAAACUAAUACCUUGGAUACAAUUUAUUUUGGUUCUGUUUUUAUGCUGUGUGAUUCAUUUUUAUAUUAUCUACAACCACAACUAAGCUUUUGCCAAGAUGCAUGACUUUUAAUUUUUAAUACAUGAUAUACGAAACAAAACCAGAUCAUUUUUGCAUGAAGAGGAUUUGGAAGGUCAAAGCACACUUUUAUAAUUUAAUCUGCAACACAAAUGAUCUAGUUUCAUCACUCAUACUAAUUAGCUAAUCCCAGGUUUACGGUGUUUAACACAAUUGUACAAAUUUGACUGGGAUGUUCACUUCCCAGCAGUUGUCAACACGAUUAACUAUACUGUACCAUCUGCUUUACGAUGCAAAGUUAUUAAUUAAAAUUUAUAUAGAUAGA